CGUAGAUCACCUGUGCUGAGGACCAGAAGCAUUCUAUAGUCCAAUAUCAGCCGUUAACGAAAUCACUAUUUGCACGCACUCACGUAAUACAGAUGUUGUUUGACUUAAUGAUUAUUAACAUGGAUACUUCAGCAGCAAAAGUUAAAGAAAUGCUGUAUUGAACAUUACGCGUCAGUGUGAGUGACGUCACCGCGCGUGCAGGUCCGAGCGCGUGUGAUGCGUGGAUGAUCCCGCCUCUCGCAGACCUACAGUACAGUCCCGCCACACGUGAUUCCCUAAUCAAAAAUCCAGUAUGGCGGAAUCUGUCAGGCAGCGUUUCUGUCGCUUCUGCGCUUUCCGGAGGAAUUCAGAUGUCUGCCGUUGAUUCCGCGAGCCUCCUGCGUCUGCUGCGAUACGCUGCUGGUUGGAUUUGUCAAGACGAGGAGCAGAAACCGCUGCUUUUCUGGAACUACAUCUGAAGAUUUGAAGACCUUUUGGGACAGAUCGAUCACCAGCUGCUCCAAAUAUCAUGACCUCCCAAAGUCAUUCAGACUCUCAGAUGGAUCAGACUGUGGAGCUUUUGAAGCCGUCGGCGUUUGACCACAUUCCCACAGUGGAAUUGAGUUCGGCUCUGCCCGUGCGGGUUCCUCCUGCCGCCAUCCCCAUGGACCUGCGCGUGGAAGCAUCUCCGGCUCUGGAUUCGACGCGCCGUGAGCAGCAGCUGCAGCAGGAGCUUCUGGCGCUCAAACACAAGCAGCAGGUGCAGCGGCAGCUCCUCAUCGCUGAGUUCCAGCGGCAGCACGAACAGCUCUCACGGCAACAUGAGGCCCAGCUACAGGAGCACAUGAAGCAUCAGCAGGAGCUUCUGGCCCUCAAGCAUCAGCAGGAGCUUCUGGAGCAUCAGAGGAAGAUGGAGCAGCACCGUCUGGAGCAGGAGCUGGAGAAACAGCAGCGCGAGCAGAAGCUUCAGCUCCUCAAGAACAAAGAGCGCGGACAGGAGAGUGCAGUGGCCAGUACUGAGGUGAAGAUGCGCCUGCAGGAGUUCGUUCUGAAUAAAAAGAAAGCGCUCGCUCAGCGCAGUCUCAACCACUGCAUCUCCAAUAACCCGUGCUACUGGAAAACUCAGCACAGUUCUUUAGAUCAGAGCUCCCCUCCUCAAACCACCGCUAGUAACUACAACCACCCUGCCAUGGGCGUCUACGACUCCAAAGACUUUCCACUGCGCAAAACAGCGUCUGAGCCUAACCUGAAGUUGCGUUCUCGGCUGAAGCAGAAGGUGUCGGAGCGCAGGAGCAGCCCGUUACUGCGCCGCAAAGACAGUCCCAUCAGUGCGCUCAAGAAACGCUCUCUGGACAUGACAGAUUCGUCAUGUAGCAGCGCUCCUGCUUCAGGACCCAGUUCCCCAAACAACAGCUCUCACGCAAACCUGUGCGAAAACGGCAUCAGUGCGACCGAGUCGUCUCACAGGCCAGCUGCUCGUGAUUCGGUCAGUCAGCUGUCGCUCUACACGUCUCCUUCACUACCCAACAUCACCCUGGGUUUGCCCGCCAGCGCUACCAACAACGUGACGUCUACCCAGCCAGACAGUGAACGUUUGUCCGUGACUGGUUUACCCAUAAGCACUCCAUUCCUGGCCUCCUCUCACCUUCCGUCAUUCCUUAGCAAUUCAGACACUGCAAACUCCCACAAUGCACUGCUGCAGCACAUGGUCCUUCUGGAGCAGUCAGCCCCACCGAGUCCUUUAGCCGCAGGUAUGGCAUCGGCUGCGCUGCAGUCUCCGUGCCUGCAGAAGCUGCGGCAGCACCGACCGCUCGGACGCACGCAGUCGGCUCCUCUGCCUCAGAGCAGUCAGGCGCUCCAGCAGCUGGUCGUCCAACAGCAGCACCAGCAGUUCCUGGAGAAACACAAGCAGCACUUCCAGCAGCUUCACAUCAACAAGAUGUUGAGUAAACCGAGUGAUCGGCAGCACCAGAGUCACCCAGAAGAGACGGAGGAAGAGCUGCGAGAGCAGCAGGACGCCACACAGACGGAAACACUUCUCAUGAACGUCUCCAUUAAACAGGAACCUCCUGAUCUCACAGAGGAGCAGAGACAGGAGGAGACAGAGCUGCUCUUCAAACAGCAGGCCCUUCUAUUGGAGCAGCAGAGGAUCCAUCAGCUCAGAAACUACCAGGCAUCAAUGGAGGCGGCUGGUGCGUCAAUCAGUUUCCCUGGGCACCGCCCCCUCUCCAGAGCCCAGUCAUCUCCUGCGUCUGCCUCGUUCAUCAGCGCACAGGAACAGCCUUCCAAAGCUCACUUUACCACAGGUCUGGUGUACGACUCUCUCAUGCAAAAGCACCAGUGCAUGUGUGGAAACACCAACACGCAUCCCGAACACGCCGGGCGCAUCCAGAGCAUCUGGUCUCGGCUGCAGGAGACGGGUCUGCGCAGCCAGUGUGAGUGUAUCCGUGGAAGAAAAGCCACAUUAGAGGAACUGCAGACGGUUCAUUCUGAAGCCCAUGUCAUGUUGUAUGGGACCAACCCACUACGGCAGAAACUGGACAGUUCGGUCAUAUCCAUGUUCGUCAGGUUGCCGUGUGGCGGUAUUGGGGUGGACAGUGACACUGUCUGGAAUGAAGUCCACUCGUCGAGCGCAGCGCGUCUGGCUGCCGGUUCUGUGGUCGAACUCGUCUUCAAAGUGGCAUCAGGAGAGCUGAAGAACGGCUUCGCUGUGGUUCGGCCUCCAGGACAUCACGCGGAGGAGAGCACGCCAAUGGGCUUCUGUUACUUUAACUCUGUUGCCAUAGCAGCGAAACUCCUACAGCAAAGACUCAAUGUCAGCAAAAUUCUGAUUGUUGAUUGGGACGUUCAUCACGGCAACGGAACUCAGCAAGCAUUCUACAACGAUCCCAGCGUUCUGUACAUUUCGCUUCAUCGAUACGACGAUGGCAAUUUCUUCCCGGGCAGUGGCGCUCCUGAAGAGGUGGGAAGUGGUCCGGGAGUCGGUUUCAAUGUCAAUGUGGCGUUUACUGGAGGUCUGGAACCACCGAUGGGCGACCCAGAAUAUCUCGCUGCCUUCAGGACGGUAGUUAUGCCGAUCGCUAACGAGUUUGCUCCAGAUGUGGUGCUGGUGUCGGCAGGGUUUGAUGCUGUGGAGGGACAUCCGCCGCCGCUGGGAGGUUAUAAACUCACCUCCAAAUGUUUAGGUUACCUGACCAAGCAGCUGAUGGGAUUGGCUGGAGGUCGCGUGGUCCUGGCGCUGGAGGGAGGUCACGACCUCAGGGCCAUAUGUGACGCCUCAGAGGCAUGCGUCUCAGCGCUUCUGGGAAUAGAGCUGGAGCCAUUUCCAGCAGACGUCCUGAAGCAGAGACCCAAUGAGAACGCGGUCCAAUCCAUAGAGAAAGUCCUAGAAAGUCACAACGACACACAUGCUGUCAGUAGAGCUGAACUGACAUUGGAUCCUGUACGGUGUGUUUGUGUAGGUAAGUACUGGAGGUCCGUCCAGCGGUCCGUGUCCGGCGUCGGCCUGUCUCUGCUGGAAGCUCAGAGGGGCGAUUCUGAAGAGAAUGAGACGGUGACAGCGAUGGCUUCUUUAUCUGUGGCGGUCAUGGAGAAAAGAACGGAGGAUGAACCCAUGGAAGAGGAGCCGCCGAUGUAGGGGACGCGAGUUUUACCAAACCUUCGAGCUCUUCUGGGUCUCGUGUGACGGAGGCUCUCGCUGAGGCCGGCGUCGAGCAGCAGGAGAGCAGAGAGAGUCGUCAGGGCACAAAGGCUAACUCAUCAUGUUAGCGCUGUAGCCCGCUAGCACUGUGGCCCCAAUGCUACGCGUUCAAGCUGAAGUCACUUGAGAUGUUUGUUUUUGGAGAUUUCUGUCUUAUUGGCUCAAUAUGUCGCAGAUGUCGAGGGCCGUUUAAAUCAGCCAGCAGAUCAUUCUGACAGAAGGAUGGGUGGAAAACAAGGAUCCAAGGAACCCACCACAGGCUCUGGAACACGCUGUUUGUUUAGCACUAAAUGAGAUGUACGUCUCCACCACAAGCACUACAGUGAUUCACCACACGGUGGCGCCGUGACUCGUCUGUGCCACUUUACUGAAGCUUCUGUGAGAGGGAGUGCUUUUGUUGAGACCAUGUGGAACUACGAAUGAAUUCUGAGGAACGUUGUCUUAAGUCAGUAAUGUCAUGAACACAUUAUCCACAAUUCCAGUGGGAUGAUGUUUGGAGGAGAGAACACCUUUUUCAGCAUGUUUACUUGGACAGCGGUGUUCACGCUUCAGUUCUAAACACUUUUUCUAGCGAUGACUCUCUUUGUUUGUUGUUCGAUGAGCUGUACAAACGCUGCUGUAAGUGACGCCUCAGAACUUCCUGUUUCUAGUGAUGCUUUAACGCCAGUGGCUCAACGUCACACAAUGGAGCUGCGUAUAAAGCAGCUGAAGGCAGGCGUUGGUUUUUCAGAGUGGUUUAUUGACCUGCAUGUGCAUUACAGGAAAAAGCUACAAAACAACUGGAAUGAAAUGGAGAACAGAAUUUCUGACCAAAGCAUGAGUUUGCAUCUUGUCUUGCACCUUUUUCUACACAGUCUUGAAAAGUGAGGUGUUCGACACAGAUUACAAGACCACAGUAUGUUAAAUGGUUUUGCCUCUGUGCUCAAACUCAUUCCAUUGGAUUUACAUGGAAAAAAACAUCCAGACUAGAGACUAUCAUGUACCAAAUCAGCUUGUGUUCGUAACCUCUUCAGCUCUCCAAACAAACCGUUGCAACUUUGGUAAUGUUGGAAACCCCCAAGCAUGCGGCGGGAUUGGUACCUACAAGAUCAAUACAAUAUGCAUGUGAAAUGUUAAUUUUAUUUGCCUUCCAGAGCGUCGCUCUCAAACGAACCUUGAGCCGUGUCUCUCACAACAGUUUCACCCCCAAAAGAAUCGAGUUGGUUCGUCUUACUUGGCAACUUGUCAACUGUUAAAACGCUCAGUUUUUUUUAGUUCAGUUACUGGUUAUUUUUUAGGUUUUAGAAAUUAAUUCCAUUCCUGUCAUUCCUGCUUUGUACAGUUUUUCUUUAUUCAGAAUAUUUGUAUUUUCACUUGACUGUUGCUUGUUAUUAUUUGUGCUAGUGGAUUUUAGUUCCAUGCAUUACUUUGGUACCAUGUACUUUGAGCUACAUGAUGAACACUUUUUGACCGGUUCAUGGGUUUUCAAGCAUUAUCACAAAGACUGAUUGUGUACUUCUGUGUUCUGUUCACAGUAGAUUUGUAUAUGAAAGGAAAUCUAAAUAUAUGAAUAUGAAGAACUGACAUUCACCUGUGUUUGUGUGCAUGGAUGUAAUAUUUUGUAAGCAGCACAUGCUGGUCUCAAAUAUACAAAACCUUGUUUUUUUAGGAUGGUUUAAGAGUGUAUAACAGUCAGCUGUCAGUGGAACUAACCUGGCAAAUGCACUUGGUUGAUGGUCAGUGAUUCAUUCAUUCAUUGUUUUUUUUUAUUUUAGAUGAGAUGGUAUGUCUAUGACAGUAAUUGAAAUAAAAAAAACAAUUCAAAGCA